CAGUCUCAUUACAAAAAGCGGUUUAACUAAAAACCAUGGUUUAAACUAGGGUCUAAGCAAAAACGUUAUUAUAAAAACGGGUUUAGCGAUAAACCAUAGAUUAUACUGUGGACUAACUUUAAACCUCUGCGAGUCUAGUUUUACGAUGGUUUAAAGUGUAUCUGUCAAAGUUUCUGUUAUAAGUUUAAAAGUUACAAUCAGUUGAUAAUUUUAUUUUCUUUUUUGUUGUGUUGUACUGUUUUAACGUAAAAAAAAUGGACAUGGACAUGGUUGAUUUAGUCGAUAUCGAGGACAUGGAAGUCAUCGAGUUGUUACAAACACCACGCGUAAAUAACAGAAAUCGUCUGCGACGAAAUCCUUUCGUUGAGCUAUCCGAUGAAGAUUUCAAGCAAAAGUAUAGGUUUAACAAACGUUACGCAAUGAAAAUAAUUAAUUUAAUAAGGGAAGAUUUAACCAGAGAUCCUAGAGGAUGCUCAGUGUCUCCCGAAAUACAAGUCGUUUGCGCAUUACGAAGCUGGGCUCGACAUGAAAUCCAGGAUGACACAGCAGAUUUACAUGGACUCUCACAACCUUUUAUAAGUCAAACGUGUAAAAAAGUUGCAGACGCCAUUGCUCAAAUAUCACAUAGAUUUAUAAAAAUGCCUGCUACAUUAACAGAACAAGAGGAAGCAAUGCAAAAAUUUCGUAGAAUAGCUAACUUCCCUACAGUAAUUGGUGCAAUUGACUGUACUCAUAUUCGAAUUAAAAAGUUAAAUGUAGAUGGUGGUCAUCUAUAUAUUAACCGCAAAGGAUUUCCAUCCCUCAAUAUCCAGGUCGCCUGUGAUGCAGAAUGUAAAAUCAUGGACAUUGUUACCAGGUGGCGUGGGAGUGUUCAUGACUCUAGAAUAUUUAGAGAAAGUCGUUUGAAGCAGCGAUUUGAGGCUGGUGCAUUCUCAGGCAUAUUGUUAGGAGACAGUGGCUAUGCCUGUACACCAUAUUUGUUUACUCCUGUACUGAACCCUACAACACCUCAAGAGGAACGAUACAACACUGCUCACAUUAGAACAAGAAAUGUAGUAGAAAGAUGUUUUGGUCUAUGGAAGCAGAGAUUCCGGUGCUUAUUAAGAGGGCAAUAUUGCAAUAUAGAAACUGCCAGAAAAACUAUUGUGGCAUGUGCUGUACUGCAUAAUAUUGCUCUUGAUAUGAAGGAAGAUGUGUUCAAUACUGAGCCUAACAGCCAUCAAUUUAACUUACAAACUUCUGAACCGUUAGUUCAACCAAUUGAAAAUAAUGUACGUGGAAAUAUAAGGAGACGGCAAUUCAUAGAAAGACAUUUUUAAUUUAAAUUAUUUAUUUAUAUAUAUCUUUAAUUAUUAAAAAUUUCCUCAUUUUGUUAUAAAAUUCUCUUUUUUAAUUUAUUUUUAUAUAAAUAGCACUUUUAACUGCUCAGCAGAACCUGAAAAUCAAUAUUACCUUUAAUCAUAAAUAUAAUGACAAAAUGAUAUAUUAUAAAUGAUUUUUUUUGUUUAAAAUUCACUUACAAUUAAUAAUUACUGAUAAUUAAUGGACUUCUUAUUAUUUUCUAGUAACUCAAUU